UGAUAUUCCGGAGGAAAAUUAAGAAGAUUUUGAACAUGAAGCUUGCUUGGCUCCUGAUACUGGUUGCGGUUCUCUUUCUUCAUCCUGUCAGUACUGAAUGCAAUGAUACUUCCCAAACUGUAAACUGUCAGGAAGUGGCAAAAGACCAUUCUUCUGUUCCUUCUAACCUAAACAAAGACAUUUCUGUGUUAUAUCUUAGUUGUAACCAUAUUAUUUUAGACAAGAAUGACAAAGAAAUACUUUGCCAGUACAAAAAUCUCUCAGAACUGUAUUUGAACAACAACUCUAUUAUUCUUGUUUCUAAUUACAGCUUUGAAAAGUUUUUACAGUUAAAAAUUCUUGAUAUCAGUAGUAAUUAUAUCAAAACAGUUGAAAAAGCAGCAUUUGCUGGUUUGAAUGAAUUACAGAUUCUGAAUCUACAAAAUAACAAAAUUACAGAGUUAAAUUCUGAUGUAUUUUCAGGGCUAAACAAGUUGAAAGUCCUAAACUUACAAAACAAUUUUCUAAAAGAUUUUGAUGUUAAGGUAACAUUUAAUUCAAUAUGUAUUAAAUUAAAAGGAAAUGCGUGGACUUGUUCAUGUGACCUUCUUAGUUUACAACAUUGGCUGAAUAACUCUACUGUGAUAACAGAAAAUGAGAACAAGACUAUGUGCCCUAUUCCAGUUGCUCUGAAAAAAUAUCAUAUCAAGGAAACAAAUACAUUAAAUUGUAAACAAAUGGGAAUAUCUGGAACAACUGUCUCACCCUUUACUUCUAUUAAUACUACCUAUGGCACUACAUAUAAUUAUACAAAUGGAUCUGCAUAUUCAGUUAUUCAGCCCAUUGGCAAAAGCUGGAUUUUUUCGAUGGGAGUCCUAGCAGUUAUCCUCAGCACUACAGCACUGAUUAUGGCUGCUAUCAAGUUUCCGAUGUGGUACCAUUAUUUAAAAAGCUAUAAUCACAGACGUCUCCAAGAAAAAGAAGAAUCUGAGCUGUUUGAAGAAACAUUCACACCUCAAUUAUGCAUGCCCUCACAAACAUCAGAGACUAAUGAAGAAGAGUUUACAGCUGUUUUUGAACAAUUCUGUCCAUAUGUUCCAGAAGAUGAUGGAUUUAUUGAAGACAAAUAUAUUGAUCCAUAA